AUGGCCGCACGACCCAUUACCUCCACAGUCGUUAAAACCAACUCAGCGCAAGUCACGGCGGUCAUCGCUCUGGUUCUCGCGCUGUCCGCGACGUGUACGAGGCCCGUCGCCGCGUCGUUCUGCGCGGACUACGUGAAGGCGUUCAAAAGCCCCACGCUUGCGUCCGUUGACGACAUCGUCCUAACCGGGUACACGGGCCGGUGGUACGAGAUCGGGUCGACUGCGAGUUUCCGGUUCACGUUCGAGCUAGGGCUGACGUGUACGACGGCCAACUACACGGCCAAGGGGGUCACGGCCAGCGGCCGCACCAAAGUCAAGGUGGUAAACCGCGGCAGGCGAAGCGUUGCUCUCCCGCGUCGCUCGCAAAUCUUCACCACCUCGUUAAACGCCAAUCGCAUCGCCAGCAAUCUCAGGAUCGUCUGUGGGGCCGCCAACACCGCCACCACAGCGAGCGCUCAAGCACAAACCCUCCUCUCCGCGAAUGCCGCCACGAACAGCACUGUUGAAUCCCUCGCUGUGGCCGAUAAACUCGCUGCAUUUGCCACGUCAGUGUCGUCUGAUGCGGAGAUGAUCGACAAUGCAUUGAGGGAUUUCCAGACAGAGGCCGACAAGCUGAAUAAACGCGGGCAGCCCAAGGGGUUCAGCGCCUCCAAGGGAAAAAUGCUCAAAUCCAUCUCUAACAUCCAGGGCGCGGCAGGGCGAAUUCUCCAAGCGUCAUUCACAGGGAAGACUGCGGCACAGGGGCUGUCUGGCGCGCUGAGAGCCAUGGGUGGGCAGGGUGCAGAGACUGCUGCGAACGGGCUGGGGUCGCUGGUGGGGAACACGAGGAUAAUGUUUGCUGCCACCAGCAUUGUGCGGCUAGCUACAGUCAUGGUCGCACCCACGGUCGCCAUGGUGCCAUCGCCUCUCAGAAGCCUUUCGCAAGGUUUCGCUCGCGGCAAGGCCUUGCAAAGCAAGAAGAAUCCUGGCCGGCUCUCGGUGACCUUCUUUGGGCCAUCACCAACGACGCCCAACUACUCUGUGUUCAACGUGCAAGGAACUGCAUCGGGCUACACCCAAGCAACUGUUGUUGACACCAGUGGAGGCGAGGCCACCAUCUGGCUUCUGGCUCGCACACCUACAAUUCCGCAGUCCGAGAUAGAUGCUGCGUUGGCGCUUGUUACUGCUGCUGGAGGUCGGUGGUACGAGGUCGCGUUGACAGCGCGGUUCCACUACGAGAGGGAGGUGGGGCUCACGUGCACCACGGCGGAUUACACGCCCAAUGGGGAGGUCAACGGGCAGAAGCGAAUUAAGGUGCUCAACCGCGGCAAGCGCAGCAUUGCCUUCGCGCGGCAAGCACAGGUUCUACUAUCCUCCACAAACGCCGGCCGCAUCGCCACCAACCUCGGGAUUGUCUGCCGAGUCGCAUAUAACGCAGCCAAAGCGAGCGCGCAGGCCCAGGCCCUCCUCGCAGCCAACGCCUCCGCGGAAGCCGCCACAAGCAGCGUCGGCGCAACCUCAGGCCCGCUCGCUGCAGCCAAUCAGCUUGCAGCAUCUCUCGCCUCAUUGUCGUCUGACGCGGAGAUGAUAGACAACGCCGCGAGGGACUUCCAGACGGCGAUGAGCACGAUGAAUGAGCGGCCGAAUCCCAAGGAUUACAGCAAAGCCAAGGGCAAGAUGCUCAAGUCCAUCUCCAACAUCCAGGGCGCUGCUGGGCGGAUCUUCCAGGCGGGGUUCACUGGGAGGACUGCAGCGAAGCAGCUCAGCGGAGUGCUGCAGUCCCUGGGCGGACAGGACGCCAAGACUGCUGCGAGCGGGCUGCAGUCGUUUCUGGGCAACACAAGGCUGCUGUUCGCAUCCACGAGCAUAAGCAGGCUCGCCACGGCGAUGGUUCCUGUCGUGCUCUCCAUGGUGCCCUCCCCCUUCUCCCGCGUGGGUCAGGGUGGCUUUCCACGCGCCAAGGCCAUCCAGAGCAAGAGCAAUGUGAGCGCUAUUGCCGUCUCCCCAUCCCCUCAACUGCAUGUAUUUCUUGCUCUUUCGGCAUAG